ACUUCGCCGUUACUUGUCAUCCAUACACUCAGAUCUUCACUUCGCAUUUAUAAACCAAACAAACUGUCUCUCUUUUCUCUCAUCUCACUCUCGUCCUUCAUCAUCAACCUCUCAUAUUACAUGAACCUUAAACAACAACAACAACAACAACACCGUCAUCAUCAUAUAGUUGUGCAAAGAUGAUGUACGAACAGCAACAACGGUUACAGCAACCGGUGGAGAGGACAACAUAUAGUAAUAAUUCGAAUUUGAUUGAGGAAACUGAGAGGCUUGAAAUAGUUAACUUGAGUGGCAUGUCCUUGGAUUCUCUUCCCAACCCUUCUCUCAAUUUAGCUUCCAUUUGCAAGUUAGACCUAUCCAACAACAAUAUUCAGAAUAUUCCGGAAUCAUUGACGGCGAGAUUGGUGAACAUGGUGGCGUUGGAUGUGCACUCAAACCAGCUCAGAACUCUCCCAAACUCCAUUGGCUGCCUCUCAAAGCUCAAGCUUCUGAAUGCCUCCGGCAACCUCAUCCAACACCUCCCUAAAACGAUUGAGAAUUGCAGAGCCCUAGAAGAUUUGAACUUAAAUUUCAACAAGUUGAUUCAGUUACCAGAGAACCUAGGGUUUGAGCUAAUAAACCUCAAGAAACUGUCCAUCAACUCCAACAAACUUCUCUUCUUUCCACACUCCAUCUCUUAUCUCACAUCUCUGAAAGUUCUAGACGCACGUCUCAACUGUCUCAGGUCUCUCCCAGAAGAUCUCGAGAAUCUCAUCAACCUUGAAACCCUAAACCUGAGUCAGAAUUUUCAUUUCUUGGAGUCAAUUCCAUACUCCAUAGGACUUCUAUUGUCUCUCGUCGAACUCGACAUCAGCUACAACAAGAUCAAGUCCUUGCCGGACUCCAUUGGUUGUCUCAGUAAGCUUCAAAAGCUGAGUGUGGAAGGGAACCCUCUCGUUUCACCACCACCGGAAGUCGUGGAGCUUGGUUUGCACGCGGUGAAGGAGUAUCUCGGUAACAAGAUGAACGCUGGCCAUCAGAGUCCGACUAAGAGUCCUACUAAGAAGAAGUCAUGGGUUGGACGUUUGGUUAAGUAUGGAACCUUCAAUGUCAGAAAUGCACCACGUGAAGAACGUGAAGCUUUCAUCGUCUCUGAUGAUGAUAGAUCUAUCGAAACUCUUGCUUCUCCUCGUUCCACGGGGAUGUUUUCGCCGCGUCGUCUCUUCUCCGGUCGUAAUUACUUUAGCCAUUGAAGGGAAAUUUUGCUUUUUUUAGACUAUUGCUUUAAACAACUAGGUUGCACUUUUUUGAUAUGGAAAUAAAAUGUUAUAUCUUGUUGAAAAUAAUGAAAUAUAAACGUGUGCUUCAA